ACGGAAUAUGAAAUCAGUGUUAAAAUGGCGGACGUACUACUUGUUACGAAGGAAGACGAAGAUGAUUUCGAAAUUGAUGAAGAAGGUGACCGUAAGUAUAUAUUUCCCCGGCUAAUUUAUGUAAUUAUUAAUUUUGAAAAACUAUUGCUAUAAUUAUAGGAAAUACAGUUUAUUCCAAACAUAAUCGGCGUAACUGGCACUUGACUCGUUGGCUGGGCAUGGUCCGGUCAAUCGGCCAGCGGCAUUGAAUCAUUGAAUGAAUUGUGAUAGUGAAGCUGUAGUAUUUUAAUGUAUAGAAUUAAUAAUAAUUAGUAAGAUAUUGAUAUUUCGAUUGACUUGUUUGGUUGGUUUAUUGGUAAUCUACCACUUCCGCGUUAUUUAGGAAAAAAUAUAACGUGUUUAUCUGGUUUGAACACUACUGAACUGUUAGUCUGUUAGAGGGGCCAUCCAUCAAUUCAAUGACUUCAAGCAAAUUUGGUGGAUUUUUUUUACCCCCCUCCUCCCAUUGUCACCCCCCUAAAUGUAUUAGUAUUGUGUUAUAUAACUUUAUAAUUUAUAGCCUCCAUACGGAAGCAAAAAUAUUAACAGACUCCACUGUAAGAAUAGUUGUUUAAAUAGCCCUUCCAACCAGAACAACUGGAUUUUUUUCUUGGCCGACGCUCAAGUGGUAGAUUACCAAAACAUAUGCACCCACCCCAUAAAAAUCCAUCUGCCUACUACGACAACUGUCAGGGUCCCCACACAGUCGUGAAAAAGUCGGGAAUUUAUCGAAUAAUUUUCCCGGUCGUGAAAACCAGGAAAAUGGGCCUUCUAGUAAGGAAAUUUUCCGGAAAAUCUGGAAUUUUUUAAUUUGUAAAAAAUGUGGCCAUGAAAAUUGACGUUAAUCGCCGACCUCGUCUAUUUUUAGCCUUUCUGUUAUCAAACGGACCUUGCUAGUGGCUUCCCCUGACUGGGCAUGCGUAUUCGAACUCUUUAAGUUUCUAUUACCGUACAACUUCGAUAGACCAGACAUAUUUAUUUUCCAUUCACAUCACCAAUCAAGAGAUGUCCGAUUUUUUGGGUAAGUAAAGUGUAAAAUAUAGUGAAUAAUUAUUUGAAUUUAGUUUUAAAUUGUGAGGUAACCAUUAUAAAUAGAAAACUACUCAUCCAAGCUCUGUCUGCAAUGACUAAGCUUAGCGUACUUUGUUAUGUCGUAGUCUUCAGCUUCAUAAGUUGAUUUUUAACUUUAAUUGUUUUACUGUAUGUGGGAGACAUGUAUUUUUUUUUAUUAGCGCAAGGCAGCCUUUAACUUUAAAAUUUUUUAAAGACUUUAAGUUCACUUUACAUUUAAUUACGGAGUAGGCCUUCUAAUUUUAAAAAAGCUAAUAUGAUCAAGUUAUUUUGUGAUGUUAUGACAUCAGAAAUUCCUUUAAAAGUUACUAAAACUAGUUAGUACUAGUUGAUUGGACUUGAAUUGAUACUACAUCGAUUCAUUGAGCCUAAUUUAACUGUAUAUAAUAUAUAUUAUAUCCUUUUAUAUAGUAUAUAUAAUAUAUAGUUAGUUCUUAUUUUAUGCACUCCCGUGCUCUGGGUAUACUUUACGGUAUUAUACUAUUAUUCAUAAGCACAGUGGUGUAGGCAAGGAUUGUUUUUUGUGGGGGCGGGGGGUGCUUUGGUUACCCCCAAAAAGGUGUGGGGAGGGGGGCAAUGAUGCAUUCCACUGAGGAAAAUCCUGACUAUGUCGUUUCAUAUGCAUAUCAUCUUAGUAUCUCUUCUGACUCUAUAAUAUUACUGUAGUUUAGUACGGGUAUAAAAUUAGUCUAUAUGGUGUAUGCCGAACUGUAAAUUAUAAACAUAAUAUUAAUAUGAUAUUUUAUUUUGUUUCACUAUUCAGGAUCAAGGCUCAGUAAAAUAAUUUCCAACAGUUCCUUUAAAUUUUAAAGACUGAUGGUCAGGACAGCUAUCAUGAUAUUUGAUGAACAAGUCAUCACUGCUUCACUAUGCUGGAAAUAUUGAUACCAAGUAUUCAGGGCGAAUAUAUGAAGAAAAUGCCAAUCAUCUGAUGAGACUUCAGCUUUAUCACCUAUGUUAGGUGUCCUGUUCUGCAACUUUUCAGCCAAGCUCCCAAUGUAUGUGUCAAAAUAAAACCUUCAUUGGAGAGAUUUUAUAGACACUAAAGUGUAUUAACUCAAACUGUCCACUUUUAUGACAAAGAAGAGAAGGAAAGCUCCAUAUAAGAAAAGAUGUUUUCCACUAUACGUUUGUGCCAAAAUGCCCCAGAGAACACACUGCGAAAGUUGCCUUUGCACUGUAAAAGUAAACAUCGACAAUUUUUCACGUCCAAGUAAAUUGAAAAAUUGCAAUUGCAAGGAAAUUUAAUAAAUAUUUACAUGUAUACACCUCAAUCGCUUAAUUUUUUGUUAAUUUGUGAUGUAUUUCAACGUUGCUUUGCUUUGACAAAUGCAUGGAUUUUUAUAUUAUCAACAAAAACGCUGCGUUGCAAUAGUCAGGAAUUUUAUUUUUAAGUUGGGAAAAAGUAGGGAUUUUGUUUUUAAAAAAAGGUGUGGGAACCCUGAACUGUAUUGGUCCUUUACUUUUACAAACCCUUACAUCACCUCCCAUGGAUAUCGAAUUACUGCACCUGUGUCAGAAACAUUUCUGGGCUGGUUUUGAGUUAGACUAGCCGUAAGGCCGAUUGAUGUGUUCCACGGUAUAUAGGUCACGGAGGUUCCCCCAUUUCCAUCUAAAGUGCCAUACUAAAAAGAUUUCGAUGUUUUUAUUUACAUAAUGCAAGUUAUUGUUUUCUUAUUUUAAAUUUUUUGUUAAAUUGGGGAGGGGUCUCCCCUCCUCAGAGUAUUUACAGCAAGGGGUCUCCCCACCCCAGUUCCUAGAAGAUCAUUCCAAAUGCAAUUUAAGCAGUAGUCUUACUUUUGUUACCUAAGUUUCAACAUACAGGUAUUUUCAAAUAAUCGAAUACAGCAAUUUUGGUGGGCGUAAUUUUUUUUCACCGGUGUUAGGUCUUGGGGUAUCAGCAAGGAUGUGUUUCUUUUUUCAUUUCUUUUGAAACGUGUAAGUUGAAUUUUAAUACAUAUUAAUGGAAAAUUUCAUUUUAAUAUACUUCAUAUUAACCGUAUCAUUUAUGACGCGAUUAAUACUCAAUAAAGAACAGGAAUGUUAUAACACAUCGUUCGGGUCCUUCAAAGAAUAGAUCUAUUCACCCUAAGUCCAGUGUUAGGAUUCCCCAAUUUGACAUCACUGCACUUAGGGUGAUAAAACUCUUGGCAAAACCCAUACAGUUAACUCAAAAUUUACCACAUUUCUGUUACGACCUCCAUAUAACCAGUUCAAUAGCUUUGUUGUCUAGAGGUAAUUUAAUUAUUUUACGAACCAAUGAUUCACUGACAAAUGUCACUUUAUUAAAUAAACAGCUCCAUUACUAUACAAACACAUACGCACAAAACUCGAACAAAUCAUUAACAAUUUCCCUAGAUGUGUGGUUCUUAAACAAGGGUGAAAGUUUGGAAGACUCAGAAAAUAAAUGUCAUUUGCUGUCAUUACUAGUUGUUUCUGCUAGUGCUAGCAGUAAAUUAUUUUUUCUGAUGAAUUUUGUUUGCGCAUUACUGUUAAUAUUUUUCUUGUAUCUAGACAGUUAAUUUAACAAAUAAAACGACAAUAAAUAAAUUAUUUAAUUAAUUUUUAAUUUUAAAAUUUUAUUACAGGUCAUAUUUUAUAUUUUAUUUCUAAGGGGGGAGGGGUGUUGCAGGAAAUUUUUGGAAGUUGAGAGGGGAUGCAGCACUGCGAAAAAUCUAAGUAUCCCUGGUCUAGAACAUUUACUAUAACAUACACACGCACCAUCCCCGCCAAUCAUUUUUUUUUAAAUUUCAUCUCAAUACCCGUGAUAGCACCAAUUAUAUGAUGCCUGUCUCUACAUUUUGACAUAACUUCGGACGACUGUCAAAGUCACUACACCCGAUUCUCAUCCUCCAUGGCGUCCUGUAACUUGAUUUGAUGCUAUUUCUCAGACCUCUCUUACCUGGACUGGACUGACUCUCUCAGUGAUUGAAAAUAAAAUAAUUAUAAUUUUUGUAUAAGAGAAUAAUGUUACAAUUAUCUGUAAUUUAUUGGUAUUAAGGGUAUUAUUUUACUAUAAUGUGACAUCACAUUGCUUUAACCACGACUCCCCGCCCCCCCCCCCCCCCCCCACCGGCCAAUUUACAAGUCUCACUCACCUGAGGUGCUGGGUAUGUUUUGUUUGUCAAGGCAUUUUCUGGGGAUCAAGCUCCAGUCCACUAGCUUGGCACUGACUCAAGUUUAGACCGCUUGGCCACCCAACACCUUCUAAGUUCAUUCUAAAACACAAUUUAUCCAAAUAUUUUGAUGUAAAUUGUAAUAAUUGAAUAAUUCUGAAGUAUUAGCAUCUUUCACUAUUAAAAGUUAGGCGUUUUCUCAUCUAAGCCAAGUUGGGCUGAGUAAUCUUCAUAAUUUACUGCUCAAACUUCUAACAACUUUUAGCAUUACAAUAAGGCCUAACUUUUAAAAAGCAAUGUGAUUCAUUAAACUCAAUAGCCGUUAUUGGGGAAGGUCUUUUGAUAACUUUAGACUUUAGGUAGGUAGUCUACUAAUCAAUACGUACAGAUAUUCUUUGGAGAACUCACAAUAGGCAAGCGCUCCCAAGGUGGUCAAAAAAUGCGUUACAAAGACUCCCUGAAAGUGGCACUAUAGGCCUUCAGCAUAAACACUACUCAAUGGGUGGAGACAGCCCAGGACAGAGCCAGGUGGACAGCUUCUGUCAAGAAUGGUGCUAAAUCCCAUGAAGCUAAUAGGAUAUCCACAGCUGAGACACACAGGUUUGACCGAAAGAGCAACAUUAGGUCACUGUCUGAAGCAACUAUCCCCUGCCCGCGGUGCCAAAGAUUAUUCCGAGCACGGAUCCGUUUAGCAAGCCACCUACGAGCUCACCAUAACCCAACCUCCCCCUAAUCUUUGGAUGACCUGAUGGUCCUAGUCGACUUCGGAGGAACAACAUACAGGAAAUGUUCACCUGUGCUGAUAGAUCAAAUAAAAAAUUUUUAUUGUAGGUCCUGUGGUCUAUGCCUUAUAGUAGGUACUUUGACUGAAAUUUUAACUAUUGUCUGUUUGCCAUGAAAGAUAACCUUGUGAUCUCAAAUGACUUUCUAUUUCUUAAAGCUUUCCUAAAAAACUAUUUUCAUCUUUCUAUCUUUUAUUUUUACAGAAGGGAAGUUAUGAUUUUUUUAGUAAAGUUGUAAGGGCCUAAUUAAUGUCUAAAACCAGUGACCAACUUUGCUAAUUAAGGCAAUAUAACUUUGCAAGUGACCUUUUAACUUUCCAUAAAAUAAAAGUCAACGAAUUAAACAUUUAACACUGGGUAUAUUAAUUUAAGUUGACUAUGUUAUCUAGGGCAAGUAAAGAGAAUUCCCCCCCCCACCACCCACCACCUUUUUUUUUUCAAGGCAGUAUUGGUAUCUUCUUAUUGAACAUAAGACUAUAUUUUAUAAACUGACAUACGUUUUGAAUUAUAAAUAAUUACUUACAUAACAAAAGAAAAAGCUAUGAUUAUGGUUAAAAAUACAUUCACUUUGAGGUUUCAGAUUUAAUUAUUAUUUUUCUACAGAAGGCUUACAAAAGUUGAAAGAAAAGGCUAAAAAGAGGAAAGGCAGAGGUUUCGGUGAAGGUAAGAACAGUGAUUUUAAAAAAGCUAAUUUCUUUAAAAUGCUGUGACUUAAUGUAUGCAAGUGCAUCUUUAAGUAUCCCAAUUUUACUUGAUAAAAUCAGAGUUUUAAAUUUUAAAAAUCUAUUUCACAACAGAGGGUCCCACACGAAGUGGCGUUGAUCACUAUGAGGGCAUGGAAGUGGACUAUGAUGAGUCCGAAGGACCUGGACCUCAAAGAUGUACGUUACCGUUUCAUUUGCUUUUUCACCUUUUCAUAUUUGAAGUACACAAAUGUAUGAAUAUUUAUAGUUUAAAAAAAAAAUAUUUCAAUAUUGGUUUGAACCAAAGGUAUUAUUACAUAAUAUUUGGACUGAUUCCCACUCCAGUCUGACCCUUAAUGAUAAACGAUGCUGGUUGGUGCCAUCCAUGGCUUGACAUGUAAAUAGUUUGGGGGGGGGGGGGGUUUUUUAAAAAGAAAUUUUUAAAAAAAAAAAUGAAUUUAAUUUUUUUAAUGUCAUGUUGCCAAUAUUUUUAUGUGAAGCGCGGUGAGCCCAGUGUUAAGACCACAUUAAUAAUAACUAUUUAAUAACGUCAUUAAUAAAGUGUAAUACUGUUUUCUAAGAUUCAAUUUAUCAUUACAUGUUAAAAAGUUUUGUAUCUCAUUUCAAAAGUUUUAAAUGACAGUUUCAGAAGCUCAUUAGUACAUACUCAAAAGGCACUUUUCCACCCCAAAUAUAAAAGGUUUUUAAUGCAGAAAGAAGGAACUGAGAACCAAAAUAUAAGGACACAAAAAUUCAAUUUUCGUUUUCAGCUGUGGAGGGUUGGAUCCUCUUUGUCACUGGUGUUCAUGAAGAAUCACAAGAAGAUGAUAUUUAUGAAAAAUUUGGAGAAUAUGGAGAAAUCAAGAAUUUGCAUUUAAAUCUUGACAGACGUACAGGCUUCCUAAAGGUACUUAUACUUAAUUAGAUGUUAGGUGUUAAUGUGUUCAGUAUCAACUUUAAAAAAAAAAAAAAGAUUUAAACUCUCUGUUGUUCACAUUCACACUUGAUCCAUAUUCCUGAACAAAGGGAAAUUACUCCAGUUAGCAAUGGAUUUACAUUUGUAAAAUAUUUUUUAGCUCCUAAAUACCAGGCAUUAAUUAGUUUUAACAAAUUAAGGUAAAAUACAUCAAUUAGCUUUAAGAAAAAUAGUAAAAGUGUUGUGUGCAUAUUGGCUCUACUUAUUAUUUAUUAUUAUGUUUUGUAAUCUGCACAACUGGGAAAUUAUAAACAUAAUUUUAUGCUUUUGUAAUCCCUUAUUUUAAAUUAUAAUUUGCACUAUUCAUUUUUCAAAAACUCAUUUAGGGCUAUGCUUUGGUUGAGUAUGAAACUUUCAAAGAGGCACAAAGUGCAAUGGAUGCUCUGAAUGGAAAAGAAAUUUUGGGGCAAAAAAUAAAUGUUGAUUGGGCUUUUGUUAGAGGUCCUAGAAAAGACAGGUAAAGAAGAAACUAAAUCAUUAUGGCAUUUUGCUAAACUUAAAUCUUUUUAACUGUAUAUAUUGUAAUUCCUUACCACAAGACUGACAGUGACAAAAAAAAUCUUUAAAAAAUUAAGGAGAUAAAAUUAAUACAGCAACAAUGUAUUUACUACUACUAACUACUCUCUUGCUGUAAAAAUAAUAGAUUUUAAAAAAUGAUUUCGUAAUAUUGUAUAUAUAAUUUGUAUUUCGUGGCUUUAAAUUUCAUAGGAUUAAUAGCUAUGAUUAUUAUUUUCUUCAAAUACAAAGCUUUUUUUAAGUUGUUUUUAUUUCCUUUGUUUUAUGUUUGGCUUUAAAACUUGUGACAUUCCUUUUUCAGAUCCAAGAGAGAUGAGAGGCGGAGAAGGUAGAGAAUUUCAAGGGAUACAGUACUGUACAGAAUAUUUUGCAUUAUGUAUUCUUAACCCUCCAUAACAUUUGCAGCUUCAGUUUUAAUGCGCAUCCCUUCAUCUUAUAAUUGUGUUCUUUAUUGUAUUCCACAUGAUUUGUUUAUUUGUUUUUGAUCAUUUGAAAUAAUUCCAAAGCUUUUUAAUCAUAUAAAUAUUAUAGUGUCAUUUCUUUUUAAAAAUUCCUCUAUAGAUAAAUGGUGCAGGGUGAAUAGUACUUUUGCUGAUGUAAUUUAACUCUGUUUUUAAAAUUAAAUCUUUUACUUGUACAAACUACGAAAAAGCAUAUUUAACAUUGAAAAUAUUACAUUUGAUAAUUUUUAUUUAUAGUGUUGUUCUUGAUUUUUUUUAUUUCGAUCUUGGUUUUUUUUUUUAAUAAUGAUUAAAGUUGGUAGUUAUUUGUAAUGUCUUAGUUUGUGUUCAUUUCACUUGUCCCAUUUAAUUUUAUAAAAGUCAAACUAAGAUAGGCAGUCUCAAAACAACAUUAAUUAAUAGAUGUAAUUUCAUGUGAUUUAUUUACAAAUUUGUGUACAGAUUAUAUAAGCAUGAGUUUAUGUAAAGUAAUAAUCUUUGUACAAAAGUAAGUGAAAUAGUUAGGCUUUGUACAAAUGAAAGAAAUCUAGUUGGAAUAAUUUUAUUGAAAAAUUUUUAACAAUGAACACUAAACAAUGUGAAGUUUUAAACUGUUGAGAACAAAAUUUAAGUGUAAAUUAGCCAUCUAGGACGUGGUUUUCAAAGAGUUCAUAUAAUUUUAUUUUCUCUACUAUGAUUGUCUUUCUAAUAAGAGAAUUAUACUUUAUUUAAAUCAUCUUAAAUUUUAAUACUGGCACAUUAAUCUGCUUCCAAAAUAUACUAAAAUUAUUGACAUGUAUCGACUUCCUUAAAUUUAAAUGUACAACAGCAUUUUUCUUUUAUUGUACUGGUAUGCUAAAAGUUCAAAAUAUCAGCAUUGUAAAAAUGUAUGAUUCAUUUAAGAAAGAGUCUUAUGAGUCUUAUGAUUUUUUUGGAAGCAUGUUAAUGUUAGGCAUUGACAUAAUACUACAUCAUAGGAUAGUUGCUUAAAUCAUAUGGUUUAGGCUCGUCCCAAUAUUCGCCAAUGG